AUGGUUACUACUAAAAUUGCUACUGAACCUACUGACUUUAGAACUGCUUCCAUAACACAACAUUGGAACGACCCACCGCAAAAAAUAUUUCAUAAAGUUGAAGAUGAUCAUAAGCAACUAGAUUCUUCUCAAAUUUGUUUAAUAAUACAAAAAGCUCUAGAAAUUUGUAAGGACAAUGCAAAGAAUUCUGAUAAAAAGAUUAUUCUUGAUACCGAAAAAAGACUAGAAAUUUUAUAUGAAAAAUUAGAAAGUAAACAAUUAUCUGAAUCCGUACUUGGUAGAUUAGGUAGAUUAUGUGAAU